AUGCUCGUCUCGAUCCUCGUCGAGCUGACCCUGGCUGUUACGGUGGCUGCCUCGCCGUUGACGGCGCACCCUGUCGCUCGAACCACAGCAGCGACUGCCAAUCCAACCACGAGUCUCUGCACGGGUGGACGAGUCUUUGUUGGCUGGCUGGAUAAGUCGUUUGGAAUCCUGCCCCAAUGCAAAUGUCCGAAGAGUCUGGUUUGGGACGAAAAUAGGGGCAUUUGCAUCUCGCCUCCGCUCAUCCCGCCGAUCCUAAGGGCAGGGCAGAAGAUUAUCUGCGCAGCAGACUCGACCCUAUACUGCGACUACGACAAGGACAAUGAUCUUUGCCUAAACAACACGCAAAAUGUCGUCUUGGCCAUAGUCAGCAGCAUUAGCAAAACGCAGCUCAAGAAGCAGAUUCAGGAGGAAUGCAAAAAGAAGCCCAAGUGUCCUGCGGGCCAGAUAUGGACUGAAAAAGACAAGAAGUGCAAAAGCCCGUGCCUACCAAAAGAGUCGGCGCAGAAAUGCAAGGACAAAGGUGGAAGUCCUAUCUGUGCGAAGACUCCGAAGGAAUACUGCAACUAUGACGAGAAGAACAACCUCUGCGAAGACAACGGGCUAAACAUCCUGCAAUGUCUCGUCCCUGGUGUCGAUGGGACUGUUGGAGCUGUCGAAAAUAUUCUUGAUGACCUGUUCGCCACGAUUGCAAGUCUGUUCCAAUGUCACCUCGGUUUCGGCGUUGAAAUAACCACCGAGGCCGAAUAUGAUGUCGACGACCCUCCGACAAUUUCGCUCGCCAAGAAGACGUUGCAUGUAUCAGUGCUCAUUGUCAUCAGUAAUCAACUGCACUACCCAUGCUCCCAUUGCAAACGUGGGGGCGUCACCUGUUUGUACCCACAUGCCGAGCACCUGCGGCGGGCCCGCAAGCCCAAGACAACCAUGGCCGAUGUGGCCACCCGCAUCUCGGAGCUGGAGCGCACUCUCGUCUCCGUAUCGAACCAGACCGCACCGGCAGAGACAGUAACCUCCCGGUCGAAACCAUGCGACACGCUCGGGACAGAGGGCCUGCAUUCAGGGUCGAGCAGUGGGCAAGACGGAGGCCCGGGUGUCCUCGUUCAGAAAGGAUUAUCGAGUCAAUAUUUCAACGAGAUAUUGAUUUCACGGGUUCUCGACGAGGAGCAGGAUAUCCAAACAGUUCUAUCGACACCGGUCGAGCCCUGCACCAAAGUCCUUCACAUACCCACUGCCGAGGUUCUCGUAUACACGGUUAUUGACAAGCCGAGCGAGUGCAGUCCAGGAAUGUUGGCCCUAUGUUUUGCCAUUUUCUUCGCUGCUGCCACGGUAUACGACCAAGACGAAGCUGUUGGUGUACUUGGCGAUGACCCCGUCGCAAGUCUGCAGCUCUUGAAGACUGGCCUCGAGCAGGCUAUUGCCCACGCCGACUUUCUCGAGAGUCCCACUGUCACCACUAUACAGGCACUCGCGAUAUAUUUGUCCAUCGGCCUGCAUCGCGACGGUAAAUUGCUGGGACUGUCGCCCUUCGAAUCUGAAAUCAGGCGGAGGCUCUGGUGGUAUAUUGUCUGCCGAGAUGGCCGAGCUGCAGAAGAUUACGGUCUCGAAAACAUGCGGCGAAUGCCCCCUGGGUGUGCCGCCAGUAUCGACAUGCCGCUCAAUCUCCACGACAGUGAUCUUUACCCUGAAAUGGACGAGCUUCCGCCGAACCGACCCGGCUGGACCGCCAUGACGCUCUCUUUAAUCGGCAUCGCGACAGUACUCGGAUGGCAUGAAAACGCCCAGUCAACCCCAACCGCCAGAGAUGGCACUCGCAGCCAGGUCAUCCAGGAUAUCAGAGCACGCGCAAAGGGAUAUCUGAGUCGCUGCAACCCCGUGAUCCCACAACAACGACUGACCAUGCACAUCGCGGACUUCGUUCUUCGCAAGCUGGAGCUCGUCACGCGGCAGCGGAUGCAGAUGCAUGCGCAGCCCGGCGCCCACGAGGCUUUCGCCACGGAGGAAAAUCUCCUCGAGGCCGUGGAGAUACUCGAACUCGGCGCCACCAUGAUGACCGACGAUCGGCUGAGGCCCUGGCAAUGGUCGAUGCGCCUGUACCCGCAAAACCACAUGCUGCUGUAUGUACUCUGGCACUUGUGCGUGUGCCCAGAUGGGCCGAACCGAGACCGCAUCUGGCAGGCGGUGGAGACGGUGUUCAGCGACACGGAAGCCACACGAGCGGGGAGCGUAGGCGCUGGGGAUUUGGGCUCGCGAUGGGCUGUCCUCACAGUACUGAAGGAGAAGGCCUUCGCAAAGAGGGCCGGUGAGACGGCGGCCAGCGGGGCUACGAGGGUGCAGGAUCAGAUACAAGUGGCGACGCCGGGUGGAAUGGAUGCCGUGGGCGUCUUCACGCAAAUGGGUAAUUUUGACUGGGUGGACGACCUGCAGGUUCUACCAGACUGGACGACAUUGAUGAAGGAUUUUCAGAUGGAGAACACUUUCAAAUUUGGGGUUUGA